CUCUCUUUGCUUGUGUAUAAAACCUACAGAAGCACAGAGCCGCCUGUUAUACACUCUUACACUAUGAAUCAAUCCAGUCUCAGCUCUGCCUCCACCAUGACCGCUAUCUCCUUACCAGUGAGUUCUUCAGACCUUGAAAGCCAGAAGGAUUCAUCGAGGAGGUGCAGAUGUCUAGAUCAUUUUCUGGUGAUAUCCGUGGUCCUCAUCAUACUGACUUUAGGAUCCUUUGGUGUGUUUUACAUUGGCUGGGAGAGACCAUCACCCGUUGCUCAAAAACAAGGAGAUGAUAGAAAUGUAAAGAUGAGCCAAGCUCUUCUUGUGCCAACCAAUACUGCUCUGAAGGACAGCACGUGGACCUGGUUUCCCAACGGUGUGGACCCUGUGCAUGUUGACCAAGAUUUUACUAUUGCCAGUGAUACAGAGUUGGUAGUACACAGGACGGGCCUCUACUAUGUCUACGCCCAGAUAUCUGUGAAAUGCCGUGUCACAAACGGGUGUAAGAAGGAUGGCUUGGCUUCUCUCAACGUAAUAAAGAAUGGAGAUGAAAGUAGCCCCAUACUGACCCUCGACAUCACAUUGGAAAAUGCUCACAAAACCAAGUUUUCUGGGACCCCACAGUUGCUCUUUAAAGGAGAAAGUCUCCGCACCAAACUCUCGACUGACAACACAGAUAUGUCCUGGGAGCUUAAUGAUAAGGCUGACAACUUUUUAGGACUCUUCUUGGUAACUGAUACUAAGAAUAUACGCAUACCACUGAGUAUCUAACGGCGAUCUGCCCUUAACCAAUGGACUUCAAUUCCAUGCAAACAGCACUACAGGACCAUAUUUAUAUAUCUAUAUAUAUUCUUGCCUUUUACUACAAAUUGGAUGAAGGAUUCUCAUCCAAAGUCUGUUGGGAUAAAGGGUUCUCAGUCAACAUGAAUUUGGAUAAAGGGGUUCUUAGUUUACAUGAUUUUGGAUGUUUUAACCAACAUGGGCUGAGAUGGCUGGUUUUGGGAUGAGCGGUUCUCAGCUUGCAUGAGUUGAGUAACCAUUUUACUUUAAAGGGGGACAUACCCUGCUGUCUUUGUAUUCCCAGGAUAUUUUUAUUAUCACUGUGUGAUUCUAGUAAUACAGCUGUUAAUAGAGGUUUUCUCUAGUAUCUAGAAUAGGAACCUUAUAGAACAGUGAAGUUCUCUGCCUGUGGGUUGGAAUCAUAGGGUGAAUUGUACUCUUUGGUCAAAUUAAACUUAUAAUGCUUAUGAGGAAUAGGUUGGGACUCUCUAAACAACGUUGGGGCAACUAUUAUCUUCUGCUAUUCCCCCUUCUUCCUUCACCAUCUAUAUUUUGUGUAUUUCUUUCUCUUCAGUAAACCCUUCUCCUACUUCUCUUUCACUCCUUCCUUUACAACCCUUUAUACUACUCCUUGUUAGAGUUCUCUUUUUUCCCUUUAGCUUCUUCUUCCCUCUCUUUUGUAUCUGUCAUUCCCUUACUUCUCUCUCUCUUUCAUAAUUCUUUCUCUUCUUUAUAGAGUCCUCUUUUCAAUACCUCCCCACUAUCAUUUCUUUGCCAUUAUAAUCCCCCAUCUCUCCUUCUCUUCCAGAAACCAUCUUCUUCAAUUCCUUCUCUCUACUCCCCUUUAGAAUUCCCUUUUCAUUUCCUCUGCCCACCUAGAGGCCACAAGAGAAAAUCUGUAUCUAUGUGUGCAAUGCACAUCUGCUUAUUUUGUAAUUUAUUUUAUAUUUAUUAUUUAUUGAGUUGUUUUCUAUUUAUUAAAUUAAGGUCUGUAAUAUUACAUGUAUUUAUUAAAUAUUUAAAUACUUAACACUUUUUGCUCCAUAUGUUAUUUCUGUUACAUGGGGAUGA